GCAGGUUGUAAGCGCUUUGAGAAGAAACCUAGAGGUAUCCAUCGACGGUCGAUGAGUUGUUGAAGAACUGCACCGACGGCAGUGUCUGAUGCGUCAGUUGUCAGAGAGAGUGAUGCAGACGUGUCUGGAUGGGCGAGAAGCGCUAUGUUGGAGAUAGCGUCUUUAAGCUUCUCGAAAGACAAUUUAGCGUCGUCUGUAAAGUGAAAAGACCGUUGUUUACCGCGGAGCAAGUCAGUCAUUGGUUGAACAAUGCUCGCGCAGUUAGGUAUAAAGCGUCUGUAAUAGUUGACCAGGCCAAGGAAUCGGCGUAACUGCUUGAAGGAACUGGGAGCAGGAUAGUCCUUCAGUGCCUGGAUUUUGUCUGGCAGGGCUUCGAUACCAGAGGUAGAUAUGCGGUGGCCAAGAAAGUCGAUGGAACUUUGGCCAAGCUCGCAUUUAUCGGGGUUGACGGUAACCCCAUGCUGCGUUAAGCGUUGGAAGAGAGCGUCGAGGUGACGAAGAUGCUCCUCGUCAGAAGAGCUGGCGAUGAGAAUGUCAUCGAGAUAGGGAUAAACGCCUUCGAGUCCUCGCGUUACCUCAUGAAUGAAACGCUGAAAAGUUUGGGCAGCGUUGCUGAGGCCGAAAGGCAUUCUGAGGUACUCGAAUAGGCCGAAUGGCGUGAUGACUGCUGUUUUAGCAAUGUCGUCUGGCGCGACAGGUAUCUGGUGGUAGGCACGGACUAAGUCGACUUUGCUGAAGAUAGACUUGCCAGCUAGAGCUGAGGUCAAGUCGUGCAUGUGCGGGAUAGGGUAUUUAUCCGGGACGGUAACUUUGUUAAGUGCCCUGUAGUCACCACAAGGGCGCCAGUCACCGGACUUCUUCGGCACCAUGUGUAAUGGUGAUGCCCAUGGACUUUUAGACGGGCGGAUGAUUCCCAGUUCGAGCAUUUGCUCGAAUUCCGCCUUCGCAGCUUUGAGCUUGUCCGGGGCUAGUCGGCGAGGGCGGGCCGAAACAGGUGGGCCCUUAGUGCAAAUGUAAUGCAUGACGUUCGACGUCACAGGAGGCAAGUCGUUCAGGACGCGAACGAGUUUAGGGUGCUUGCUGAAAAGCUCUAGAAAAGACUGUGAAGCUUGAGGUAGGACACGAAUGGGAGUGAUAGCAGCCACGUUGGCGCUAGUCCCGAUAACACUGAGCUGUGUCCUAGAGUCGAUAAGCUUCUUCCUUUUGGCGUCGACGAUGAGGUCGAAGCGUUGAAGAAAGUCUAUGCCUAUGAUGGCGAAAGGCACAGCAGCGAUUAUGAAAGGCCAGCGAAAGGUUCGCCGGAGGCCUAAGUUGAGCGUUAGCAGCUUUUCGCCGAAAGUUGCGAUUGGUGUGCCAUUGGCGGCACGCAGCUUGGUCGGCGAUGGUGAGACGACCUCAUCUGAGCUACGGGGUAUGACGCUAACUUCGGCACCAGUGUCGACUAGAAACUCGAUGCCGGAAGUUAAAUCCCUAACACGGAUGAGGCGACUUUGGUGUUGGCCGGUCGCGUCCGUCGCCGUUACCGACCGGCCGAGCAGUUUCCCUGCUGCUCGGCGUAGUUGCAAGGCUUGACACAUUUACGAGCUGCGGUACCAAAACGCUGGUGGUACCAACAGCUAGCCUGCCUGUUUCUAGACUUAGAACGUUUGCAGGGCGAUGUUGAGCGGCUAGGACGACGACGGGUCAUAGUAAGCUGUUGCACCUGGCGACUAAGUGUCGCAACUUGUGUUUGGAGGGCUUCUAUAGUUGACUGUAAGCCAGUGAUAGAAGUGCCCUGGGACGCG